CGCCGACUUGGAGGGGGUGGUUCUGGGCUGUGGGAACAGUUGCAUGGAGAGGGUUGGGUUAAACUUAAUAAAGAGGAAAGGUAUUAUUUCCUACAUUUACCCCUGAUGAGCUAUGUUCAUAUAACAGCGUAGGCAGCAGUAAACUGCACAGAAGAACAAGCAUAAGGAUGAGUGCCGAGGUUGCUGAUUGGGAGGCUACUGCAGGGAGCCGUCCUUGCACACCACCUCAAGCAUCUUGGUUUGAAUUCCUUCUAAAUGAGCCACUUUUAGAGCAACACUUGCAGAAAUAUUGUUCAGAUUCAGCUCCAGUUCAAUUAAUAGUCCAGUUUUUGGAGCAGGCAUCUAAACCUUCACUUAAUGAACAAAACCAAGUGCAACCACCUCCAGAUAAUCGACGUAAUCGGACACUGAAACGACUUGCUUUGAAAGUAGCUGCUCAUCUCAAAUGGGACUUGGACAUUUUGGAGAAGAGCCUGACUGUUCCAGUCAUGAACAUGCUUUUAAAUGAGCUUCUUUGUGUGAGCAAAGUCCCUGCAGGAACAAAACAUGUAGACUUGGAUCUAUCAAGCCUUCCUCCCACAACCGUAAUGGCCAUACUGCUGUACAAUCGAUGGGCCUUGCGGACAGUAGUAAAGAGCAGUUUUCCAGUGAAGCAACCCAAAAUUGGUCCACCCCAACUGAACAUAAUAACCCAAAUGCAGCAAGAGAAGGAGUUAACAGACAGUAUUUUGAAAGUGUUGAAGGAGCAGACGGAGGACUCUAUUUUAGUAUUAGAAGCUGCUUUCCACUUGAAGAAAGAUCAUUAUGUCCACACUGUAAGAACUCUGGAUUUGCUAGCCGCAGAGCCUGGGAUAACAAAUGGAGAGACCGAAUGCUCAACUGCUGGAUUGCUGAUCCAUAAUGAAGAAAUGCAGUGUCUGUCCAGUUUUGCCAAGAAACAAAGUAAACAGUUUCAGCAGAACGCUGUUAAGCAGACAUCUAACAUGCAGUGGCCAGGAGCUACCAAAGAGAAAGUUGAAACCAACCCCCCAAAACAUGGAACAGUGAACUCGGACAGAAUUGGUACUUAA